GGGUCUCGUGGUUGAGGCCAACCUAAAGUAUAUCAUUAUGACUAUUUUUAGCUCUUCCAGAUAUGUCUUGGGAAACAGCUAAAACUUAUCUUAUAGAAGGAUCCUCUGAGCUUUCACUGUUUGGAAGAAGAUAAAUGAAUGGAAGUUGGUGCAGCUUACUGUAACAUACUGCUUCAGCAGCCUCAUAUUUUACAGUUCUGGAUUUAAUCGUCAAACUUUUAUCAACCAGAAUGAGGUUCAAACGGAACGGUUCGUACACCUUAAACAGCACUUCGGAUAUGCAUUCCCAGAAAACUCCCAGAAGCGGAUUAAGUUGCAAGAUGGUUCUUCAAGCUGUUGGUAAAGUUUUAAGGAAAUCCAAAACGAAGCCUAAUGGAAAGAAAGCUCCUGCUGAAGAAAAGAAGCACUACAUGGACCCAGAGUACACAAAAGUGCGGGUCAUGGACUUCGACCUGAAAGAUUUGGUGGCGCUACCCACCAAAGAGAUCGACCUCAACGAAUGGCUUGCCAGCAACACAACAACCUUCUUCAAUCUCAUAAAUCUGCAGUAUAGCACGAUCUCUGAGUUUUGCACUGGGGACACAUGUCAAGCCAUGACGGCCUGCAACACGAUAUACUACUGGUACGACGAGAGGGGGAAGAAGACGAAGUGCACAGCACCUCAGUAUGUCGACCUUGUUAUGACUUUCGUGCAGAAAUUAGUGACGGACGAAGAUAUCUUCCCCACGAAAUACGGCAAAGACUUCCCCAACUCGUUCGAGUCUCUGGUGAAGAAGGUCUGCCGGUAUCUGUUUCACGUCUUGGCUCACAUCUACUGGGUUCACUUUAAAGAGACCGUGGCUCUGGAGCUGCAGGGACACUUGAACACACUGUACGCACAUUUCAUCGUCUUCGUCAGAGAGUUCAACCUGGUGGAGCCCAAGGAGACCUGCAUCAUGGACGACCUGUCGGAGGUGCUGUGCGCCCCCCUGCCGCCCCAUUCACACAACCACGUGACCGAGAGAUGAGCCUCCAACUCCAGGAAGACCACAAAACGUGCAAGGCCUCCUUGGAAGGGCCCU